AUGACCAUCGACAACAUUGAGCCUAUAGUGAAUACAUUCCCCGAAAUUGAGCAAUGUGACAGAGUCGAGGUAUUGGCAGACUGCGAGAAUGACAUGAAUCGCGGGACCGAUCGCUUGAAUGACGUUCGCGAUCCUAUGGACUUGAAAAGAGGACGAGAAGAGCCACCACCACAUGUUGUUCCGCUCAACAAGAAGCCAAAGCAAAAUUACAAGGUUGCCAAUGAUACAUGCAUCACCUCGCACAUCUCCUUCAUCGCCAAGGACAUGUUUAUCCGCAAAAUGAUCAACAUCACCGAGGCCGCUGAAGAGGCGCAUUUUCAACAAACUGUGAACGACAGCAGCAUCAGCAAGGAGAAUACAAUGGCUGUGUCAUGGCAAGGUGGACCCAUCAAGCAUGAAAACGGCCGCACCUAUUACAGCGCAGCUAUCGUGGAUGGUGAACUGCUUGAGAUUGGCGAUACCGUCUAUAUGCGCACUGGUGAUGAGGAGCCUUGGUUCGCCCUGAUAAUGUCGUUUUUCGAUGGUCCCGACGCCGAUUAUCAAUUUCAUGCUCGCUUCUUUUCGCAUGGCAGAGAGACAGUGCUCGAUGAAUUGGCUGGAGAGCGAGAAUUGUUCUUGUUGGAUAAUUGCGAAGAUAACGAUUUGUAUUCCGUAAUGGGGAAGGCCAAUGUCAUUCGGAUGGAUGGUGAUAUUGAGGAACCCACAGCAUUUACAAAGAAAGAUUGGUGGUUUUAUCGGCUGUGGUAUGAUCCUGAGGAUGCAGUCUUUGAGGAUGUUGAUUUGCAUGAAGAUCCCGAUGUGUGUUUGUCGUGCAGAGCAAAAGAGGAAGAAAAAUCACGUGAGCAUCCAAAAUGGGAGGAUGGAUCAGUGAAGUAUCAAGGCGUUGAGUACCAUGUGCACGAUUUCAUCUAUACCUUGAUCGGACCGGAAAGCAAGCCCUAUGUUAUUGCACAAAUAGUCGACAUUGAUGCUUCCAGGCACACCAUCCAUAUUCAGAUCAUGACACGCGAUGAGGAUCGCUGCAAGCUUGAUCAUUACGAUUUGAUCGACAAUGGAUCAGAGGCACCCUAUAAGGAUUCACGCAUGUUGACAAUGACAACUCAGCAACAACAGAUCUCAUUCGAGGAGUUGGAGGGCAAGUGUUGGGUUGAAGAAAUCAGCAAUGUGCAGGACGUCAAGGAGUACAAACAAGCCCCCGACAACUUUUACACCCAUGAUACCAUCACCCACUGCCAACAAUGCCUGGAAGAGCGACUGGAGGAUGAAGAAGUAUGGCAACGUUUUUAUUACAGCACCGACAAAUUGAGCGCUCUUGAUAUUUUUGCUGGUUGUGGCGGCUUAACGGUUGGCAUGGAUAACACAGGAGUCAUCGAGACCACCCACAGCAUAGAGUUCAACCCCGAUGCUGCCAAAACAUUUCAACGCAAUUUCCCUACUUCAACAGUGCACAACCAAUGCGCCAACGUGCUUCUCACAAGAGCCAUUGCCAGCCAUCAUCAAAAGAUCGAGUUGGACCCCAUGGACGACUUUCGUGGAAAACCACUGCGCCCAAUGCCAGGACCCAAUGACAUUGAUUUCAUUUAUUGUGGACCCCCUUGCCAGGGCUUUAGUGACCUGAAUCAGCACAAAAAGCCGGGAGAGAUCAAAAAUACGUUGGUGUGUUCAGCCAUGUCCUAUGUUGACUUUUACCGCCCUUCCUACUUUUUGCUCGAGAAUGUGCGUGGGCUGGUGCAUUAUAAGCUCGGCAAAGAUCGCAUUAACAAUGGUGUCUUGAAAUUCAUCAUCCGAUGUCUUACUUCAAUGGGAUACCAGGUGCGUUUUGCGGUGCUGCAAGCAGCGCAAUAUGGAGUUCCACAAACAAGAAGACGGCUCUUCGUGUGGGGUGCCAAGAUUGGCAAGCAUCUUCCCAAAUUUCCUCAGCCCAUGACAUGUAGCGAUUAUGCUACGAAUACGAUAAUCAAGUUUGCGGAUGGCACAGAAGUAUCCCACGUGACCAGGACUGGUAAACGUGCACCAUUGCCGAUGCUCACUGUUGGCGAUACCAUCUCAGAUCUCCCAGCAUUUGACUAUGAAUGUCCAAACGCAAGACCCAAUCUACGAACGUACAAUGCUAUCCAGCAACCACCUGGAAAAACAAGCCAGCACUACACCAUCCCACCAAAAACCGAUUUCCAAACAUGGCUACGUGGAGACAAGGAAAAGUUACGCAAUCAUGUCACACGAGCAUUCAAUGAAAUCAAUGUGCAACGCAUUUGCGCCAUCAAAAUGGAGCCAAAAGCUGAUCACAAUUGUCUACCUCAAGAACUGAUACCAUGGGCCCUCGAUCGAAGAAAUCCAGCUGCUGAACGCCAUAAGUUUUGGCCUGGUCUUUUUGGACGGCUCGAUUACAAUGAGCAGUUUCAAACGGCUGUCACCGAAGUCAAUCCUCUGAGCAAGCAAGGUACCGUGAUCCAUCCUAAUCAGCAUCGAGUGCUCACUGUACGCGAAACAGCAAGGUCCCAGGGCUUCCCUGAUUGGUUUGUCUUUAAAGCUAUCAGCAGCAAAAAGCCCAAUCAAAAAGUCAAUGCCAUGUACAUGCAAGUGGGUAAUGCGGUGCCUGUUCCUCUCGCUGCAGCAUUGGGCAACGGUCUCAAACACGCCAUGUUUGAAGACUGGCUUCGAGACCAAUGA